AAGUGUUGCGCAGGCGCGUUUGGCCGAGCGCUGGGUGGGGACUCUAGAAGCCGGCGACCCGGGCAUAUUGGGAGCUACAGAAGUUGUACUCCCUUAAACCCUGCUUUGCUYUCCCUACGGACAUGACCCGUUUGCUGACAUUUUGCAUCCCAGUUGUUUUGUGAUGGAGGCAUCUUUGGGGAUUCAGAUGGAUGAGCCAAUGGCUUUUUCUCCCCUGCGUGACCGGUUUCAGGCAGAAGACUCUUCAAAAAAAUAUGAGCAGAAUUUUAAACUUUCAGGUGUUAAAAAAGAUAUUGAGAAGCUGUAUGAAGCUGUACCACAGCUUAGUAAUGUGUUUAAAAUAAAGGACAAAAUUGGAGAAGGCACAUUCAGCUCUGUUUAUUUGGCCACAGCACAGUUACAAGUAGGACCUGAAGAGAAAAUUGCUCUAAAACACUUAAUUCCAACAAGUCAUCCUGUAAGAAUUGCAGCUGAACUGCAGUGUUUAACAGUGGCUGGGGGGCAAGACAAUGUCAUGGGAGUUAAAUACUGCUUUAGGAAAAACGAUCAUGUGGUUAUUGCUAUGCCGUAUCUGGAGCAUGAGUCCUUUUUGGACAUUUUGAAUUCUCUUUCAUUUCAAGAAGUACGGGAAUAUAUGUUUAAUCUGUUCAAAGCUUUGAAACGCAUUCAUCAGUUUGGUAUUGUUCACCGCGAUGUCAAACCCAGCAAUUUUUUAUAUAAUAGGCGCUUGAAAAAGUAUGCCUUGGUAGACUUUGGUUUGGCUCAAGGAACCCAUGAUACGAAAAUAGAGCUUCUCAAAUUUGUCCAGUCUGAAACUCAGCAGGAAAGUUGUUCACAAAACAARUCUAAUGUAAUCACUUCAAACAAGAUUUCAUUGAGUGGCUCAGCACCUAAGGAACUGGAUCAGCAAUCCACUGCAAAAACUUCUGUCAAAAGACCCUACACAAGUGCACAGAUUCAGUUGAAACAAGGAAAAGAUGGAAAGGAGGGAUCUGUAGGCCUUUCUGUCCAGCGCUCUGUUUUUGGAGAAAGAAAUUUCAAUAUACACAGUUCCAUUUCACAUGAGAGCCCUGCAGUGAAACUUGUAAAGCAAUCAAAGACUAUGGAUGUAAUAUCAAGAAAGUUACCAACAAAAAAGAAGCCAGUUUCUACAAAAGUUAUGAAUAGUGGUGUAAUAAAGAAAACUGCCAGUUCUUGCCCAGCUAACCUGACCUGUGACUGCUAUGCAACAGAUAAAGUUUGCAGUAUUUGCCUUUCAAGGCGUCAGCAGGUUGCCCCUAGGGCAGGUACACCAGGAUUCAGAGCACCAGAGGUAUUGACAAAGUGCCCUAAUCAAACUACAGCAAUUGACAUGUGGUCUGCAGGUGUCAUAUUCCUUUCUUUGCUCAGUGGACGAUAUCCAUUUUAUAAAGCAAGUGAUGACUUAACUGCACUGGCUCAAAUUAUGACAAUUCGGGGAUCCAGGGAAACUAUCCAGGCUGCAGAAACUUUUGGCAAAUCAAUAUUAUGUAGCAAAGAAGUCCCAGCACAAGACUUAAGGAAACUCUGUGAGAGACUCAGGGGUCGAGAUUCUAACACUUCCAGAUUAACAAGUGAUAGUCAAGGAUGUACGUAUGACCCAUCCUUUUCAGAGAAGACUGACCAGAAAGCUUCUUACAUCAUACAAACAUCGCAGGCACAACACUUAGGGAAUUCAUUAUGUAAAGGGGAUAGUAAUGGCUGUGGCAGUAGCUAUGAUGAAUGUAGUACCAAUUUAGAAGGCUGGGAUGAGGUACCUGAUGAAGCUUAUGACCUGCUUGAUAAACUUCUAGACUUAAAUCCAGCUUCCAGAAUAACAGCAGAAGAAGCUUUGUUACAUCCAUUUUUUAAAGAUAUGAGCUUGUGAUGGUGGUAUUUCAUUUAAUGUUACUGCUGUGUAUUGUGAGGUGAAGAGUUUUUGUAAUAGCUGUAUGUUCUUGUUGAUACCAGAAUAGGAUAAAUAAUUUAUUUAAAAAUGUUAUUAUCUGCUCUCAUGACAGGUUAUAAAAUAGAGAUUAAGAUUACUCUAAAAUAUCUGGGAGAAUUUUUUGGACAGAUAGUAUAAUCUUUGAGUUAAAUCAAUACAAGUAAAAUCAGACCUUAGUUUCUCUAAAAUUUUUCACUGCCAUAUGCAAAAAAAAAAAAAAAAAGAGUAGUUUUAGCCUAGCACAUGCGUUCAAGGUGAAAGUAUUAAAAUUAAUGGGUGUGAUAGGGAUCAAAUGAGUCAAAAGACUUAGUUUACUGAUUCCUUAAGAGUAUAAGCUCUGUCCUUUUGAAAAGUUCAAAAUGGUGCUAGAACUCUUAACAGUUUUAUAGAUAAAGAUAAUUUCCUUUCCUAGAGGAUAUCUUUUACGAACAGUAAGACAGUAAGGAAGUGUUGGUCGUGGGGCAAAAUAUCACUUAAAGUUGAAUUUAUCCACUUAAAAAAAGUAUUUCAUGAACACAUUUUUGUGUAAAUUGUCUUAUUUAUUUUUCUUUCUUUGUCCUCACCUAACAUAGUCACUUUGGAAAUCAUAUGGCAUUUACCAUAAAGUUUCUGGGUGUUGUAUUAAAUGUUUUAUGUUUACAGUUGGGAACUUAAAAGUAAUAAUAUACACAUUGGUUGAUAAGGGAAAGCCUUUAGGACUAAGGUGAGUAUUAAUAGUCUAAAAUGCUUAUCCUUUUCUCUUUUGAAUGUGUAUGUUUUUCUUUUUCUUUUUUUUUACAUCAUAUUAAUAUUAUUAGGUAGCUGCCCAAAGGAAAAAUGAAUACAGAAUUGAAAAUAUUACUGGAGAUUUUUUCCUCUAUCUAGAGCCCUCCAGAUUUCUAUACCCUGUUUUAACUAAGUUGGUCUUAUUUAGUGCAGAAUGAUUAUUGGAGUUUUAGGUGGAUUGGGAAAAGAGAUAAUGAAGGAGGCAAAGUGGGAAGGGACCUAAGAUAGAAGUUUAUAUAUUAUUUACAUUCCAAAAUGAUAUGUAGAGCRUGUAGCAUGAUGUGUACAGCAUCACAAACUUCCUAUGGGAAAUAAGUCUGGAGGAGUAGAUCUGAGAUUAAUAAAUUAUAAAAACAGAUUAGGGACAGAUAUUUACUUCAUUAUUUUGAGCAUUGACAGGUCAGUAUAGCUACCUAAUCUGAUAAGUGUAGUAUAAUAUUUGGUAAAUGUAGAUAAUUGUGUGUGUG